AUGCCAAGGGUAUCAAGAAUACUCGAGGGACGUCAAACUACUCUUGGUUUUGAUUCAGAGAUCAGCGAGCGAGGGCUAUGUGCGGCUGUCGCUUGUGACCCAGCGCGAGGCGCAACUGCCCGCUACGGGCGCGGACAAGGCGAGGGGGGCUGCGCUCGGAGUGGCAGCGCCCUCACCCCCACAGCCCCGCCACGUCGGCCACCUUCCCCCAGCAGCAGCGCCCCUGCCCCACCGGAGGGGCGCGGGAGGCCGGAGCCCCCGCCCGCCUUUGCCCCGCGGGGCGGCGCGGGCGGGCCCGAGCGGAGCCGUGCGGUGUCGGGGAGGAGCGCGGCAGCGCUCGCAGGAGCACCCAGAGCUCGGCUGUCGGGAUGCGGCCGCGGAGGGGAGGGGAGCGGCAGUGGAGGCACCUUCCCCCGACGAAGAGCCAAGUUAAAUAGCCAGCGCUACGCCGCCGCCUUCCUCUUCCCUCCCGGCUCCGAGCCCUCGGCGAACGCCCCCGUCCCACCCCGCCCCGCCCGGCCGCGGGCGGCGGAGGGCAGCGCGGAGCCAGCCUGCCCCGCGGAGCCAGCCUGCCCCGCGGAGCCAGCCUGCCCCGCGGAGCCGGGACGCCGGCGCUGCCGGGAGGGGCGGGCGCUUGGGAGUCGGUGCCGGAGGCGCCGCGUCCCGCCGAGCCGCCCGACUGAGAGGACUACGACUACGCCAGCUGCAUGGGAGGAGAUGAGCGUGGCGGGGAAGCAGCCUCCUCCAGCACCGCUCGAGCGGCCCGGCAGCCUCCUCGUCCCCACCUGGGCAAGUACCGCUCCCCCUCAGCCCGUCCCGGUGCCAACUCCCGCGGCGGGGCGGGGGUGGGGAGGGUCCCGCCGGCGGCGCUGCCCGAAGAGCGGGAGGGAGGCGCCUGCGGGAGGGACGGCGAGCGGGGCGGUGCGGGCUCGGGAUGCCAGCGGGGCUCUCGCAGGGACGAGGCGGCAGCUGCCGCGGCUACCCGGGCGGGACGGCCGCAUCCCGCCUCCCUCCCGCAGCCGGGCGGCACCGGGGCCCGAGCGCGGCCGGGCGGGACGUGUCCCGGUUGAUCCUGGUCGCGAUUUUCAGCGCGCCGUGACAGGGUGCAGCACUAAAACUGGUAUUGCAUUGUUGUAUGAUGAAGUAUCUGAAAAUGCUUAUGACAUCCGACUGAAGCUUACAAAAGAGGUAUUAACAAUUCAAAAACAAGAUGUCGUCUGUGUUAGUGGAAGUGAUCACAGUGCAAAUCACAGAACUGUUACACUUCGUAGACAACCAGUUGGUGGCUUGGGCUUAAGCAUAAAGGGUGGUGCUGAGCACAAAGUGCCUGUCGUCAUAUCAAAAAUAUUUAAAAACCAAGCAGCUGAACAGACAGGAAUGUUAUUUAUAGGAGAUGCAAUAAUACAGGUUAAUGGUAUAAAUGUAGAAAAUGCUACCCAUGAAGAAGUGGUACACCUACUGCGAAAUGCUGGCGAUGAAGUUACCAUCACAGUUCAAUACCUCAGGGAAGCUCCAUCAUUUUUAAAGCUCCCAUUAGGUUCCCCUGGACCAUCCAGUGAUCACAGCAGUGGAACUUCAUCACCUCUCUUUGACAGUGGCUUACAUUUAAAUGGAAACUCAACUAACACGGCUCCAUCAUCACCUUCUUCACCCAUAGCUAAUGAACCAAAAUAUGAGAAGCGCUGGCUAGACACCUUAUCAGUUCCUCUGUCGAUGGCUCGAAUCUCGAGGUACAAAACCGGAACAGAUAAAUUAAGAUCAAAUGCAUUUGAAGUGCUGGCACUCGAUGGAGUUAGUACUGGGAUACUUCAGUUUUAUACAGCCCAGGAGAGUGCUGACUGGCUGAGAGCAAUGUCAACUAACAUCAGUGAUUUGACACUUCAAAAUAUGAAAAUGGCAAAUAAAUGCUGUUCUCCCUCUGACCAGGUCAUACAUAUGGGAUGGGUAAAUGAGAGACUUGAAGGAACUGAUUCAUCUCAGCUCUACAAAUUCAAGUUUCUGGCCCUGAAGGGUUCAUCCUUCUACAUUUUCAGCACUCCACCGGUGAGCACACUAGACUGGGUACGAGCUGAAAAAAUCUAUAACCUCUGUGAGGUUCUAUUUAAAAUUCACAAGCUCUGGCUUGCUGAUGAUUGCUGGCUACAAGCAAACUUGUAUUUAGGUAUUCACCAGGACUUCGAUCUUGAAGACCAGAGGCCAUAUUGUUUCAGUGUAAUGGUUGGACAUGGCAAGAGCCACUAUUUCAACGUAGAGCUGGGCAAUGAAUUGGCAGUGUGGGAGAAAUCAUUUCAAAGAGCAAUUUUCUUGGAAGUUCAAAGAACAGGGUCUAAAACAUAUAUGUGCAGUUGGCAAGGGGAUACCCUGUGUUUCACAGUCGACUUUGCUCUAGGAUUUACCUGUUUUGACAGUAAAACUAAGAAUGUGCUGUGGAGGUUUAAAUUCUCUCAGCUCAAAGGCUCAUCAGAUGAUGGGAAAACAAGAGUAAAGCUGCUUUUUCAAAAUCUAGACACCAAACAAAUUGAGACAAAGGAACUUGAAUUUCAGGAUCUGACGGCAGUUUUACACUGUAUUCACUCCUUUAUAGCAGCAAAAGUGGCAUCUGUGGAUCCAAUAUUCAUAGACAGUCAGAGUAUUGCAAGAAAAUAUAUGUACAGUAACUGAAACUAGAUUAUAUGUUGUG